AUGGUUCAACGUUGUGGUAGAGUCCAAAUUUUUCGGGGCUCUCUCAUUGCAACUGCAAUGUCGUCUCCAAGAGCCAUUGUCCAGAUUUUUAUUACCGGGUCAAGAAUUCUCGGCAAGGCAUUUCUGGAGGCAGGCAAGCAGGCGGUCAAAAAUGCGAAGAGUGCACCCCAGGCUGCUAUCGGACAUGACGCGGCUGGUGUAGGACAUGCGAAUUCAGGCUCAGUGACGGACCAACUGACACGGCAGCAUCGCAUGACGCUCGACGAGGCCCAAUUAAUUCUGAACGUUAAAAAGAGUGACCUCAUGGAACAAAUAACCAAGAAUCACCAACACCUGUUCAAAGCCAACUCACCUCCACCAAAACCUGAAAAGCCUCUGACAGCAAAGCAAAUCCCGCCAUUCCACUCUCAUUAUCUACAGUCUAAGGUCGUCCGCGCCUUGGAGCGAAUAGAGGCUGAAAUGAAGGCUACACAGCCAGAAGCGGUCGAAGCCGCCAAGUCAAAAAGCCAUGCACCGGAAGCCCCGACACCGCCGCCCGAUCCACCAAGUGGCAAGAGUGUUUAA